AUGUCUAGAAGAAGCAGCUCACAGCACUAUCCUCAGCGUGGGAGACACACCGUCUUCCGCUCCAUAAGAGCCGAGCUGCAGUUCCCCGUAAGCUGCGUGGACCGCCUCCUGCGACAGGGUCCCUAUGCCCAUCGCCUGAGCUCAUCCACCCCCGUGUUCCUGACCGGCGUCAUCGAGUACCUGCUAGCCAACAUCCUAGAUCUAACGAGUAAAGAGGCCCUCAACAACCACAAGACGUGCGUCACCCCGGAGCACGUGCACAGUGCGUUGGACAACAAUGACCUCCUCAGUCGCCUCUCCGAGCGCGGUGCCUUCUCUCAGACCCCUGAACUGCCCCCGCCCCAGGAGUAG